AUGGCGACGGCCUUCUGCUGUCCUGCGAAGUCUUCCGUCAAGUUCGCCUCCGCUACGGCGCGAUCGUCGGCGGCUCCUUCCGCUGCCGCGUUUGUCCGCGCCGGCAGCUCCAUCGGCUCCCCGUCUCUGAGAGUCGGUAGGCAACUGCGUGGAUUCCGGACUUCCACAGCUGGGAGUGGCCGUGGCUCUCUUGCCAGGCAGAGGUUGUUGGUUCGGUGUGGCGUCGCCGCCACCAACCAGGCGGAGUUUCCGGAAGUGGUGCUAAAGUCUGACGUCCCGGUUCUGGUGGAGUUCGUGGCGGAUUGGUGCGGGCCAUGCCGUUUGAUCUCGCCCGUAAUUGAAUGGGCUUCCCAGGUACAAAAUCCUUCCCUAUUUCUGUUCCCUCUCUCCUUUCUCAGAUUUCCGACAUUCGGAUCGCCUAUCCGUGCUAUCCUCCAUUAUGCCUGUAUCUCGUUGACCUUCGUAAAUCAGAUUUCAUGAUUUUUGGAUCUCUGGGAAGUGUCAUGGAGGCUCUACCUUAGUGGACGAAAUUUGUGGGAAUCUCUCUACUUCGAGUUACCCGUUCGUUUAUUUCAAGGAGUUUAAACUUCGUAGCAGAUGAACUCACAUCCUGCCGCAGAGGGAUUAGUUGGGGUGCUCUCGUAUCUAACCCUAUUUGCAGCCACAAUAGUGCGCUGGCUACGGUAAUCUGGUGAACUUAUGGACACCUUAGCUUUUAGUGAUGCAAAUGAAUUUUUUUGAUCUUAGUGCAAAUGAAUAGUUUCGGUUUUCCUCCCCUUCUCUGUGGCCGCGUAGUUCUCAUGUAUCUCCCUAUUUUUUAUGGUAUUUUUGUUUUUUUUUUGUUUUCAAACUUCGAUGACAUACGCUCCUGCUCUAAAAUUACCCAAGGUUACAACUAUCAUGUAAGAGUGAAUGUUCCUUUCAUGUUUUACCAUUGAUUCGUAGUCAUGUGACAGUCAAAUGUAGGUACAAGAUUUAUGGAUGAUAGAAGCUGACUUUGGGUUGAAUUUUGUGUGCAACCUCGAUACACGUGCUAGAAGAAUUAAAAAAUGGCCUAAAAGAAGGAUUAUUGAAUCAGAAGAGAGAGGAUCCCGGUUUCCAAAUGCUUUGAUCUUUUGAGGCUUUAGAUUUUGAGUUUUCACAGUUAAGAGAUUGGGAUUUUGAUAAAGACCAUCUUGGGUCCCUAGAAACACUCCCACACAAAGGUUCAUCUCCUUGUGGCUCCCGAAUUCACCAGAUAUGUAGCAGGUAUCCUCGCGUAGAAAAAGAUCAGAUAUUAAUAUUGUAAUUGCUUAUUAGUUUUGGAGCUGAGAAAACCGAGGGUAAAUGUAUCCGUGAUAUGCAGAUUGUGGAGGUUCAGUAAAAUUCUAAAUUCUCCUCAUUUCUUCUGGAAGGUAGAGAGCUUGGUUUGAUUGCAUGACCAUCACUAAUGGAGCUAUUGCUGUCAGUCUGUGCCUAGUUCCCAGAUUAGAAUGAUGGUUCAGUGUUUACUGUUAAGAUCUUAGUUCCCAGGUUUUGAUGGUUCAGUGUUUACUGUUAAGAUCUCUUUCAUUUUGUUCAUCUACAAGUUUUAUUUAUGGGUAUGACUUACAUGACCCUGACUAGAUUUUCAUCAAAGUUUUUCUCACCUUGGGUUUUGUCUCGAGUCUUGCUUCCUGUGGCUAUGGCACACGGUAAAAGUUGUCUCUUUAGGCUGCAAAUCAGGCUUAAAUUAAUUGAUAUGAACGGAUGUGGAGAGAAUGAAACCAGCCUGGUGCGAUGAGAUCACCAGUACAAAUCUUUGAAGGUUGUGCCAGUGGCGACACCGGGUCUUCUUGAAAAACACCGGCAGUGACAAAUUAUAUCUAACGCUAUUUUGUUCUGAUUUAUGAGAUAUCCAUAUCUUUUCAUCUCUGUCAAAAAAAAAAAAAAAAUCGGAAAUAACACUCGAUAAUUGUAGGAAUACAAGGACAGAUUAAAGGUCGUCAAGAUUGAUCAUGACGCGAAUCCCCAGCUGAUUGAAGAGUACAAGGUUUAUGGUCUGCCAGCCUUGAUUCUCUUCAAAGAUGGACGGGAGGUUCCAGAGAGCCGGAGAGAGGGAGCCAUUUCGAAAGCCAAACUGAAGGAGUAUUUGGACUCUUUGCUGGACUCCAUUGCUGUUGCAUGA